GCCCCGCCCCUCGGCCCCCUCCCGCCGGGUCAGCCCCACAGUGUCGCCCGGUGGCCGCGGCAGACGGAAGCGGACCGCGAACCCGGGCGGCGGCGGCAGGAUGGGGGACUCCAAAGUAAAAGUGGCGGUGCGGGUUCGGCCCAUGAAUCGACGAGAAAUUGACCUGCAUACCAAAUGUGUGGUGGAUGUUGAUGUAAACAAGGUUAUUCUUAAUCCUGUAAAUACGAACCUUUCCAAAGGAGAUGCCAGGGGUCAGCCGAAGGUGUUUGCUUAUGAUCACUGUUUCUGGUCCAUGGAUGAAUCUGUCCGAGACAAGUAUGCAGGUCAAGAUGAUGUUUUCAAGUGCCUUGGUGAGAAUAUCCUUCAGAAUGCUUUUGAUGGCUACAAUGCAUGUAUCUUUGCUUACGGACAGACAGGGUCUGGAAAAUCUUAUACUAUGAUGGGAACAGCUGACCAACCUGGAUUAAUCCCAAGACUGUGCAGUGGACUCUUUGAACGAACCCAGAAAGAGGAAAAUGAAGAACAGAGUUUUAAAGUAGAAGUGUCCUACAUGGAAAUUUAUAAUGAAAAAGUUCGAGACCUUCUUGAUCCCAAAGGAAGCCGCCAAACGUUGAAAGUCAGAGAGCACAGUGUAUUGGGACCCUAUGUGGAUGGACUUUCUAAACUGGCUGUCACAAGUUACAAGGAUAUUGAGUCUUUGAUGUCUGAGGGUAACAAAUCUAGGACAGUUGCUGCAACCAACAUGAAUGAAGAGAGUAGCCGAUCCCAUGCGGUCUUCAAAAUCACCCUGACACACACACUGUAUGACGUGGAGUCUGGGACAUCUGGGGAAAAAGUGGGCAAGCUGAGCUUGGUAGAUUUAGCUGGCAGUGAACGAGCAACAAAAACUGGAGCUGCUGGCGACAGGCUGAAGGAGGGCAGCAACAUUAACAAGUCCCUCACAACCCUUGGUCUGGUUAUCUCAGCCUUAGCAGAUCAGGGUGCUGGCAAAAACAAAAAUAAAUUUGUUCCAUACCGUGACUCAGUUCUCACAUGGCUGCUCAAAGACAGUCUGGGGGGCAACAGCAAAACAGCCAUGGUGGCUACAGUGAGCCCAGCAGCUGAUAACUAUGAUGAGACCCUCUCCACUCUGCGGUACGCAGAUCGAGCCAAGCACAUUGUUAACCAUGCUGUGGUGAACGAGGAUCCCAAUGCCCGCAUCAUCCGGGAUCUCCGAGAGGAGGUGGAAAAGCUCCGGGAGCAGUUGACCAAGGCAGAGGCAAUGAAAUCUCCAGAGCUAAAAGACCGACUGGAAGAAUCUGAGAAGCUGAUCCAGGAAAUGACUGUGACCUGGGAGGAAAAAUUAAGAAAAACAGAAGAGAUUGCACAGGAGCGACAGAAACAGCUGGAGAGUCUUGGGAUAUCGCUUCAGUCUUCAGGAAUCAAAGUGGGGGAUGAUAAGUGCUUCCUGGUUAAUCUGAACGCCGACCCUGCUCUGAACGAACUCCUAGUGUACUACUUAAAGGAGCACACAUUGAUAGGUUCAGCAAAUUCCCAGGACAUCCAGCUGUGUGGAAUGGGAAUUCUUCCUGAACACUGCAUUAUAGACAUCACCUCAGAAGGCCAGGUUAUGCUGACUCCUCAGAAGAAUACCAGAACAUUUGUAAAUGGGUCUUCUGUCUCCACUCCAAUACAGCUGCACCACGGGGACAGGAUCUUAUGGGGAAAUAACCAUUUCUUCAGACUCAGUUUGCCUAAAAAGAAGAAGAAAGUGGACCGGGAGGAUGAAGAGCAGGAUCCCUCCCUGAAGAAUGACAGCACUUAUGAGCAACUGGAUGUGGAUGGGGACUCCUCCAGCGAGGUAUCCAGUGAAAUCAACUUCAAUUUUGAGUAUGCGCAGAUGGAGGUGACCAUGAAGGCACUGGGCAAUAAUGACCCAAUGCAGUCAAUACUCAACAGCCUGGAGCAGCAGCAUGAAGAAGAGAAGCGAUCUGCGCUCGAGCGCCAGAGGCUUAUGUACGAGCAUGAGUUGGAGCAACUCCGACGACGGCUGUCCCCUGAGAAGCAGAACUAUCGCAGCAUGGACAGGUUCUCCCUGCACUCGCCCAGUGCCCAGCAGCGCCUGCGACAGUGGGCAGAGGAGAGAGAAGCAACAUUGAAUAACAGCCUGAUGAGGCUGAGGGAACAAAUUGUUAAAGCUAAUCUGUUGGUGAGAGAAGCUAAUUACAUCGCAGAGGAGCUGGAUAAAAGAACCGAAUAUAAAGUGACCCUCCAGAUCCCAGCCUCCAGCCUGGAUGCCAACAGGAAGCGGGGCUCUCUUCUCAGUGAGCCUGCAAUCCAGGUGAGAAGAAAAGGCAAAGGGAAGCAGAUUUGGUCUCUGGAGAAACUGGACAACAGACUCUUGGACAUGAGAGAUCUUUACCAGGAGUGGAAGGAGUGCGAGGAAGACACCCCGGUAACCCGAUCUUAUUUCAAGCGUGCCGACCCAUUCUACGAUGAGCAGGAAAAUCACAGUCUUAUUGGGGUGGCCAAUGUCUUCCUCGAGUCCCUUUUCUAUGAUGUGAAGUUACAAUAUGCUGUCCCGAUCAUCAACCAGAAGGGAGAGGUGGCAGGCCGACUGCAUGUGGAGGUGAUGAGAAUCAGUGGGGCCAUCGGGGAAAGGAUCGCAGGAGGGGAGGACCCUGCAGAGGUCCUCUGUGAGAAGGAGACCCAGGAAAACAGACUGAUCUGCAUGGUUAAAAUCCUCCAAGCCACUGGGCUGCCCCAGCAUCUGUCCCACUUUGUGUUCUGCAAAUACAGCUUCUGGGAUCAGCAGGAGCCGGUGAUGGUGGCACCAGAAGUAGACACCUCUUCCUCCUCGCCCGUCAGCAAGGAGCCGCACUGUAUGGUUGUCUUUGAUCACUGCAGCGAGUUUUCUGUUAACAUUACUGAAGACUUUAUUGAGCACCUUUCGGAAGGGGCCUUGGCAAUUGAAGUGUAUGGACAUAAGAUGAAUGAUCCUCGGAAAAACCCAGCCCUGUGGGAUUUGGGAAUCAUCCAAGCAAAAACACGGAGUCUUCGAGACAGGUGGAGUGAGGUUACCAGGAAGUUGGAAUUCUGGGUUCAGAUCUUGGAACAGAAUGAGAAUGGUGAAUACUGCCCCGUGGAAGUGAUUCCUGCAAAGGAUGUCCCAACAGGAGGCAUCUUCCAACUCCGACAGGGGCAGUCCCGUCGAGUUCGAGUUGAAGUGAAGUCUGUGCAGGAGUCUGGGACUUUACCACUGAUCGAAGAAUGCAUCCUGUCUGUUGGCAUUGGCUGUGUGAAAGUGAGGCCCCUCAGGACCCUAAAGACGUACGAGAUCUUCCAUGAGGAAGAAGAGGACAUGGACAGCUACCAGGAUCGGGAUUUAGAGAGACUACGUAGAAAAUGGCUCAAUGCAUUAACAAAACGUCAGGAAUACUUGGACCAGCAACUGCAGAAGCUUGUCAGCAAACCUGAUAAAUCGGAGGACGAUGCUGACCGGGAAGCGCAGCUCCUGGAGAUGCGGCUGACCCUGACCGAGGAGCGGAAUGCCGGCAUGGUCCCCUCUGCAGGCAGCGGCAUCCCCGGUGCUCCUGCAGAAUGGACCCCAGUGCCUGGGAUGGAAACCCACAUUCCUGUUAUAUUCCUUGACUUAAAUGCUGAUGAUUUCAGCUCUCAGGAUAACCUCGAUGACCCAGAAGCUGGUGGAUGGGAUGCUACCCUGACUGGGGAAGAGGAGGAAGAGUUCUUUGAGCUGCAAGUUGUGAAACAUCAUGAUGGGGAGGCCAGAGCGGAGGCCUCCUGGGACUCCGCGGUACACAGCUGCCCGCAGCUCAGCAAAGGCACGCCGGCGGACGAGCGCGUGUUCCUGAUUGUGCGCGUGACGGUGCAGCUCAGCCACCCUGCCGACAUGCAGCUGGUCCUACGGAAGAGGAUCUGCGUCCAGGUUCACAGCCGCCAGGGUUUUGCUCAAAGUCUCCUAAAAAAGAUGUCUCAUCGAAGCUCUAUUCCUGGCUGUGGAGUGACCUUUGAAAUUGUCUCCAAUAUUCCAGAGGAUGCCCAGGGUGUGGAGGAACGGGAAGCCUUAGCUAGGAUGGCAGCUAAUGUGGAAAACCCAGCAUCUGCCGACUCAGAGGCACACAUUGAGAAGUACCUCAGGAGUGUGUUGGCCGUGGAAAACCUCCUGACGCUGGAUCGCCUUCGCCAGGAAGUGGCAGUGAAGGAGCAGCUGACAGGGAAGGGCAAGCUAAACCGCAGGAGCAUCAGCUCCCCCAACGUGAACAGACUGUCCGGAAGCCGGCAGGAUCUCAUCCCUCCGCACACUCUGGGUGGCAACAAGGGCCGGUGGGAAAGUCAGCAGGAUGUGUCCCAAACACCAGCUUCCGGAGGAGUAGCUCCAGUCCCCCCAGCCCUCUCUGUUUGUUCCCAGAAUAACCAUUCUCCGGAUCCAGGACUCAGUAACCUUGCAGCCUCCUACUUGGCUCCUGUGAAGUCCCUGGUGCCACAGAUGCCGAAGCUGCUGAAGUCUCUCUUCCCCGUCCGUGACGACAGACGACAGCCGCUUCCCCCUGCACAUCAGCCCGUGCCCCGAAUCCUGGUGCAGGCCCUUCUCCCAGACACCCAGGCAGCCAGGACAGAGCAGGCUCAGCGAGGGAGCCCAGGGCUGGGUGUGGCCACAGAGACCACGGUGCCCACAGCAGCCCAUGCACUGAAGGCAUUGGACAGGCCAGCCCUGCCUCACACUGCUGCCAUCACCCCAACUCUGGAGGGGCCAGAUGGCCCCCCCAGCCCCCCGAGCGAGGCCUCCAGCGGCUACUUCUCACACAGUGUCUCCACUGCCACCCUGUCAGAUGCACUUACCUUCAGCCUGGACACCACAGGCUCCAGCGGGCAGACGCCCAGCUCCCCUGCUGCGCCAGGCCAGGUCCCGGAGGUGGAGCUGACCUCUCCCUCGGGUGCACACAGCCCCCAGCCAGUCCAGGAUAAGCAUCCGGCACAGCCUGCCCCCCGAAUGGAGCUCGAGUUCCCCAGGCCCAUGCUGCCACCAGAGCCCCAGGCACCCGCAUCCCCAUUCCGGAUCCGCAAGGUGCGCACCUCGGAGCUGAAGUCCUUCACGUGCAUGCUGGGGGGCGGCUGCUCAGGGGUUGAAGAGGACCUGCCAUCCGCCUCCGGGCCCAGCAACCCUGGCGAGCAGGCUGCCAGGAAGCCUGAAGUGGCAUCUGACUCCGAGGAAGCCAGCGAAGUCCCCGAGUGGCUCAAAGAGGGGCUGUAUGUCGCUGUGGGCACUAACAAAACGGGCGUGGUGCGGUACAUCGGACCCACCGACUUCCAGGAGGGCACGUGGGUUGGCGUGGAGCUCGACCUGCCUUCUGGAAAGAAUGACGGCUCAAUUGGCGGGAAGCAGUACUUCAAGUGCAACCCUGGCUAUGGGCUGCUGGUGCGGCCAGCCCGGGUGCGCAGGGCCCAGGCUGCUGGGCGCAGGCGCAGCGCGGGGCUCCGGGCACAGGGGGCCCCCGAAGCCCGCCGGAGUGCCACUCUCUCCAGCUCAGCCACCAACCUGGCCUCGCUGACGGCUGCGCUGGCCAAGGAUGACAGGAGCCCCAAGAACACGGAGAACCGGAAGUCCUGGGCCAGCUGAGUGCAGGCGCCUGGCAAGCAGGGAGGGGCCAAGGAUGAUUUUUGUAUGACACAGGGCUGGUGACACCCCAGUUUCUGGCUCCCUGGGACUCCAAAAGCUUUGCUUUCUUCCUUUCCUCGGGUGGAAGAGGGCGGCUUGUGGAAGCCCAGAGGGGCUGUGGGACGGUGGCCGAGGCCCUAGCUGCACCACCUGGGCUGGGGCAUCCCUGCUGGGUUCUAUGAUGCCCACCUGUUCUCCACUCUGUGACUCCACUAAUGUCUUAAUGUAAACCCCAGCCCUAGCCGUCCUCACUGUGCCGAGCGAGGCCUCUGCCCUCUUCCCCAAGUGCCAGCUCCUUAAAUGCAUCUGCUCAUCCUGUCCCACAGGUCACUGAUGUCCCGGCGUCAUUUAUUCCCUUUGCAGGACGCUUGGAACAUAUUUAUUUGUAUUUAUUUUUCUGAUUGAAAUCCCUCUUGGGCCUUAGUCGUGUCCGCCCAGGCUUCUGCCUUUGUCCCUGGCCACAGCCUGAGGUGGUUCCCUUGUUGCAGACACCCAAGUGACCUUACAGUGAGGGGAGCUAACCCGGACAGGGUGGCCUGCCUGCUGGGGUGACAGUGGGGUAUCUGAUGCCCUGAGCCGCGCUGACCUCACCGUGGUUCCUGAGCUCUGACCGCAGCCUGGCAGGCAGUCAUGUGGGGACAGCAGCUUGGCGACAUCUCUGGGCCCAGGCCCAGCUUCGAGUCCUCCUGGCUUGGCUUCCGCCUCUGAGCCUGUGGUGUCAGCUUCAUUGUGGGGAACAACAUGUGUAAUGGGGACCAGAGUCUGGCCUGGGCCCCCUCAGUGCCUGCUUCUGCUUUCUCUGCUUCCUGAACCUGCACAGAAAGCUCGAGUGGCAGGAUCCCUGGUUCUCGGGAGUCUGAGCGGGUGGCAAGAAGUGGUGCCAGGCCCCUGGCUCUGCUGGGUAUGACCCAUGCAGUGGCUUCUCAGAGCACUGAGCCUCAGGUCCCUGGCCCAGCUGAUAGCCUUGGCUUCCUUAGUGUCACUGACCCACGAGUGUCACCACCCCCGGGUGGGGUGGUUGCAGCCACCUUUGUCCUGCAUGAGACCUAGGCUGUGGACACCAGCGUCUUCUGUUUCCUAGGCGCUGAGGCUGGACACCAGGGCUUUGGGCUUAGGAACCUGGAGGGAGACCAUCCUGAGGGACAGUGGGGCCAUCUGUGGGGAGCCCUUACUAGAAGCAGGAACUAACUUGGCUUCUGGCUUGUCCUCAGCUGGCAGUUAGGGGACAGCUGUGGUCAGUACCAUCAGUGUGUGGGGCUUCGUGUGUGCCCCGCCCAACCAGCACAAGCCAGGACAAGUUGGAUUUGGUCUUGUGCCAACUGUUCCUUGCAUGGCGUUGGCCCACGGUCUUGGGAGGAAUCAGCACCCCAAGAACUCCCCAGGAAGGCCAGGCCAGAGGCUGUGUGGAAGCAUGAUCAUGGGGUGUCGCUCGUACCUGGUGAUGGACUUGUGGAACUCGGCUGUGUGGUGCUGCGGGAGCAGUGCCAGUCACCAGGCAGGGUGGGGCCGUCAUGCUGCAUGGCCCGUUGGGGUGACUUCUUGGGGAGCAGGCCCUGAGGGGUGCUGGACCAUGGCUGCUUGCAGUGCAACUUGUUGGUGCCUUAGGUGCAGGCUGCCUGGUCCUGGCCCAGUGGCGUGAUCUGAGGGCCUUGGCCACCUCCGUUGCUCCCCCAUCCCACAGUUGCCCCAAACCCAGCCCAGCCCUUGUCCUGCUAUCCUCAGUGCCUAGGAACCUUCUUCACUUCCUGGGACACUGCUGCUUCAGGGUCCCAUGGGUGCUCUGGACCCCUGAGAGCACCCAGGCCUGCAGACGCCCCUCAUUGCCAGCAGCUCCCACAGGCUGUGCUCCACAUUCUGAGGGUGGGCUGGGCUUUUUUCAGAAGCGUGGUGGGGGUUGACUGGUCCUGUCUGUGUCCUUGGAAGCAGCCCUGGGCUGGGGGAGGGGAUCCUGUGAGGGCAGCGGCCCUGGUGCUCAAGGGCCUGCAGGCUUUGCUCCCACCCCUCAGGUCUUGCACCUUGAUCUGUGCCCCCGCUUCUGCCUUUAAGGAGCACUUGUCAUGCUGACCACAGUGGGCAGUGUCACUGCUGCCACCCUUGCCUUAUGGAUGGCCUUAGUGGUCUCAGCCCUGCCCGUGGCCCAGCCAGCAGCCAUGGUGUCUAUAUGAAACCUGUCCAGGGGCGCAGGUGGACUCUGACUUGUAUGAGGAUGCAGUUGCUCAGUAUGGGGCCAAGGGGCCCAGAUGGGGACUCAGGUGAGACCAGGGAGGCCGAAGAGCCCUGGCCCAAAUUCAGAGAGAGGGCAGCCCCGCCUUAGAAGGCGCCAAGGUCUUGCGCUCCCUGGUGACUUCGUGGUGGACAGAGCAGCCCUGGGCUGAUGUCUCCUACGCCUGCCUGGGGCCACCUGUGUCCCAGCCCCGUAGCCCAGGCCUCUCGGCCAGAUGGAGACCUGGCCCUUCACAUCCUCCUGGGGCCAGGCACAGCCACUGUGCCUAAAGCAGCUGCUCAGGAAGUCCCAGGGCCUCCCCAGAGGCUGCAGACCUCGUGUGCUGGGGUGUGGAUUUGUAAAUACAGCGAGUUCGCAUGUAAGGAAGUGGGGUUGGGGUGAGCCUGUUUGGUACACUUUAGGAGGCAAAGAAAUCCAAAGACUAAUGACUUGUAAAGACUUUGAUGGACUAAACCUCUGUCAUUUUGUACUGUGUGUGCCUUUCCACCAAAUGACCAGCCGCUUCUAAAUAAAACCAAAUGAUUUCUUGCCUCUUUCUGA